AUGGCCUCCGCAAUUUCCUACCGAAUCUACAGGAACGCAUUGAUCCUGUCUGCCUUCCUGUCGUCUGUUACACAGGCGCAGCAGAUUGGCACAUACACCACUGAGACCCAUCCCUCUAUGACAUGGCAGACCUGCACCAGCGGUGGAAGUUGUACCACCAACCAGGGCUCUGUCGUUAUGGACGCGAACUGGCGAUGGGUCCACCAGGUUGGCAGCACCACCAACUGCUAUACCGGCAAUACGUGGGAUACUUCCAUCUGUGAUACAGACGAGACCUGCGCCACUGAAUGUGCCGUUGACGGAGCAAACUAUGAAUCAACCUACGGUGUUACCACCAGCGGCAGCCAGGUCCGCAUCAACUUUGUGACGCAGAACUCAAAUGGCGCCAAUGUUGGCUCCCGUCUUUACAUGCUGGCUGAUAAUACACACUACGAGAUGUUUAAGCUACUCAAUCAGGAGUUCACCUUUGACGUGGAUGUAUCCAACCUCCCCUGUGGCUUGAACGGCGCCCUCUACUUUGUGGCCAUGGAUGCGGAUGGCGGCGUCUCCAAAUACCCCAACAACAAGGCUGGCGCCCAAUACGGGGUGGGAUAUUGCGAUUCCCAAUGUCCGCGCGAUCUUAAGUUCAUCCAAGGCCAGGCCAAUGUGGAAGGCUGGACUCCGUCGUCCAACAACAAAAACACUGGAUUGGGCAACCAUGGAUCUUGCUGUGCCGAGCUGGACAUCUGGGAAUCCAACAGCAUCUCUCAGGCUCUGACCCCCCAUCCAUGUGAUACCGCCACCAACACCAUGUGCACUGGUGAUGCCUGCGGCGGCACGUAUAGCAGUGAUCGAUAUGCGGGCACCUGCGACCCAGAUGGCUGCGACUUCAAUCCCUACCGCAUGGGCAAUACCACGUUCUACGGUCCCGGCAAGACGAUCGAUACCAACUCGCCCUUCACCGUCGUGACGCAGUUCAUCACGGAUGAUGGCACUGAUACCGGCACCUUGUCUGAAAUCCGCCGCUAUUACGUCCAGAACGGCGUCACCUACGCCCAGCCUAAUUCGGACAUCAGCGGUAUCACUGGCAACGCCAUCAACGCCGACUACUGCACUGCCGAGAACACUGUCUUUGACGGACCGGGUACCUUUGCUAAGCACGGAGGCCUUUCCGCCAUGUCCGAGGCCAUGUCCACCGGCAUGGUACUGGUCAUGUCGCUCUGGGACGACUACUACGCGGAUAUGCUCUGGCUCGAUAGCACCUAUCCCACCACUGCGUCUUCGUCGACCCCGGGCGCUGUCCGUGGCUCCUGCUCGACCGACUCCGGCGUCCCCGCCACCAUUGAAUCCGCGAGUCCUAAUUCGUAUGUGAUCUAUUCCAACAUCAAAGUUGGUCCGAUCGGAUCAACCUUCAGCGGUGGUUCUGGCUCUGGAAGCUCCGGCUCGACUUCGACGUCUACUAAGACCUCGACCACCUCGACCAAGACCACCACUUCUGCGACAAGCACCUCGACUGCCGUGGCGCAGCACUAUGGUCAAUGUGGUGGCCAGGGCUGGACAGGCCCGACUAGUUGCGCCUCCCCUUACACCUGCAAGGUGCAGAACGCGUACUAUUCUCAGUGUCUGUAG